UAACCUGUUAAGCCUACUACAGCUAACCCUACUGCAGCUAAUCAGCUAACCCUACUCCAGCUAACCAGCUAACCCUACGACAGAUAAACUUACUCCAGCUAACCAGUUAACCUACUCCAGCCCUACCAUGCAUGGCUCUGUAUCUAACCAUUAGGGCUAGGCUAUGGCCAACUCUGUAUCUAACCAUUAGGCCUAGGGCUAGACUAUGGUCAACUCUGUAUCUAACCAUUAGGCCUAGGGUUAGGCUAUGGUCAACUCUGUAUCUAACCAUUAGGCCUAGGCUAUGGCCAACUCUGUAUCUAACCAUUAGGCCUAGGGCUAGGCUAUGGCCAACUCUGUAUUUAACCAUUAGGCCUAGGGCUAGACUAUGGUCAACUCUGUAUCUAACCAUUAGGCCUAGGGCUAGGCUAUGGUCAACUCUGUAUCUAACCAUUAGGCCUAGGGCUAGACUAUGGUCAACUCUGUAUUUAACCAUUAGGCCUAGGGCUAGACUAUGGUCAACUCUGUAUCUAACCAUUAGGCCUAGGGCUAGACUAUGGUCAACUCUGUAUCUAACCAUUAGGCCUAGGGCUAGGCUAUGGUCAACUCUGUAUCUAACCAUUAGGCCUAGGGCUAGACUAUGGUCAACUCUGUAUCUAACCAUUAGGCCUAGGGCUAGACUAUGGUCAACUCUGUAUCUAACCAUUAGGCCUAGGGCUAGACUAUGGUCAACUCUGUAUCUAAGCAUUAGGCCUAGGGCUAGACUAUGGUCAACUCUGUAUCUAACCAUUAGGCCUAGGGUUAGGCUAUGGUCAACUCUGUAUCUAACCAUUAGGCCUAGGGCUAGACUAUGGUCAACUCUGUAUCUAACCAUUAGGCCUAGGGCUAGACUAUGGCGAACUCUGUAUCUAACCAUUAGGCCUAGGGUUAGGCUAUGGUCAACUCUGUAUCUAACCAUUAGGCCUAGGGUUAGGCUAUGGCUAACUCUGUAUCUAACCAUUAGGCCUAGGCAAUGGCCAACUCUGUAUCUAACCAUUAGGCCUAGGGUUGGGAUAUGGUCAACUCUGUAUCUAACCAUUAGGCCUAGGGUUAGGCUAUGGUCAACUCUGUAUCUAACCAUUAGGCCUAGGGUUAGGCUAUGGUCAACUCUGUAUCUAACCAUUAGGCCUAGGGUUAGGCUAUGGCUAACUCUGUAUCUAACCAUUAGGCCUAGGCUAUGGCCAACUCUGUAUCUAACCAUUAGGCCUAGGGUUAGGCUAUGGUCAACUCUGUAUCUAACCAUUAGGCCUAGGGUUAGGCUAUGGUCAACUCUGUAUCUAACCAUUAGGCCUAGGGUUAGGCUAUGGUCAACUCUGUAUCUAACCAUUAGGCCUAGGGUUAGGCUAUGGUCAACUCUGUAUCUAACCAUUAGGCCUAGGGCUAGACUAUGGCGAACUCUGUAUCUAACCAUUAGGCCUAGGGCUAGACUAUGGUCAACUCUGUAUCUAACCAUUAGGCCUAGGGUUAGGCUAUGGUCAACUCUGUAUCUAACCAUUAGGCCUAGGGUUAGGCUAUGGUCAACUCUGUAUCUAACCAUUAGGCCUAGGGCUAGACUAUGGUCAACUCUGUAUCUAACCAUUAGACCUAGGGUUAGGCUAUGGUCAACUCUGUAUCUAACCAUUAGGCCUAGGGCUAGACUAUGGUCAACUCUGUAUCUAACCAUUAGGCUUAGGGUUAGGCUAUGGUCAACUCUGUAUCUAACCAUUAGGCCUAGGGCUAGACUAUGGCGAACUCUGUAUCUAACCAUUAGGCCUAGGGUUAGGCUAUGGUCAACUCUGUAUCUAACCAUUAGGCCUAGGGUUAGGCUAUGGCUAACUCUGUAUCUAACCAUUAGGCCUAGGGUUAGGCUAUGGCUAACUCUGUAUCUAACCAUUAGGCCUAGGGUUAGGCUAUGGUCAACUCUGUAUCUAACCAUUAGGCCUAGGGCUAGACUAUGGCGAACUCUGUAUCUAACCAUUAGGCCUAGGGUUAGGCUAUGGUCAACUCUGUAUCUAACCAUUAGGCCUAGGGCUAGACUAUGGCUAACUCUGUACCUAACCAUUAGGCCUAGGGUUGGGCUAUGGCUAACUCUGUAUCUAACCAUUAGGCCUAGGGUUAGGCUAUGGCUAACUCUGUAUCUAACCAUUAGGCCUAGGGCUAGACUAUGGCUAACUCUGUAUCUAACCAUUAGGCCUAGGGUUAGGCUAUGGUCAACUCUGUAUCUAACCAUUAGGCCUAGGGCUAGACUAUGGCAAACUCUGUAUCUAACCAUUAGGCCUAGGGUUGGGCUAUGGCUAACUCUGUAUCUAACCAUUAGGCCUAGGGUUAGGCUAUGGCUAACUCUGUAUCUAACCAUUAGGCCUAGGGCUAGACUAUGGCUAACUCUGUAUCUAACCAUUAGGCCUAGGGCUAGACUAUGGUCAACUCUGUAUCUAACCAUUAGGCCUAGGGUUAGGCUAUGGUCAACUCUGUAUCUAACCAUUAGGCCUAGGCUAUGGCCAACUCUGUAUCUAACCAUUAGGCCUAGGGCUAGGCUAUGGCCAACUCUGUAUUUAACCAUUAGGCCUAGGGCUAGACUAUGGUCAACUCUGUAUCUAACCAUUAGGCCUAGGGUUAGGCUAUGGUCAACUCUGUAUCUAACCAUUAGGCCUAGGCUAUGGCUAACUCUGUAUCUAACCAUUAGGCCUAGGGUUAGGCUAUGGUCAAGUCUGUAUCUAACCAUUAGGCCUAGGGUUAGGCUAUGGUCAAGUCUGUAUCUAACCAUUAGGCCUAGGGUUAGACUAUGGCUAACUCUGUAUCUAACCAUUAGGGCGAUAGUAGCCUACAGUAAAUGUACUUUUAACCUGAGAAUAUGUUAUGUGUUCCAACAGUUUAGAAUGUGUGAACAAACACCUUAUUAGCUGUGUUGUGUGAUCGGUGUGUACAGUAUUUAUUGACAAGCCAAGCUUUUUUGUGUAUUUUAUUUGUGCCUUCACACUUGAUUUUAUAUCAUAAUAUGCCUUUUGUUAUUACUGUGUUAUGAAGAAAAUGAGUUAAGCUCACUAUUGAGUAGGAACCUUAAAGGACUCCUUGCUAAACAUAUUCAUUGUUAAUAUAUUUGUUUACACACAUGCCUAUAUGUGAUUAGUAUUCGUUUACAUACAUUUCUAUAUGUGAUUAUUUAUAACAUGUUGUGGUAUUACCACAUUGGGUAAAAGUAACUGUGAUUUAUAGAGUACUAAUAUUGCUACUCAUAUGUGUGUAUGUGAAGUUUCCUGGCCUCCCGGCCCCUAUAGCUCUCAGCAUUAAAGCUUGAAUAAACUCUUGACUUUUUCACCUUA